CCCACGAAAUUGGCAUCCGCCCAAAAGAAGAAAAGGCUAUAAACGAUAAAUCUCUCUCUCUCUCUCUCUCUCUCUCUCUCUCUCUCUCUCACAUCAGUCUUCAAGACCUCCACUUUCAAUAUUGAAUUGAAGUGUUCCAUGGAUGCUCGAGAAGAAACAAAAAGCACUUCAUUCAGUUCUCAGUGGUGAUCUUAACACUUAAAGCUUCGAUGACUCGUUUUUUAUUUGAUAAGAUUUGUAGGGAAAUGUAAUGGUAAUACAUACAAGUCAAGAGCCAUCUGAUGGCUACGGCUGCUGCAUUCAUCGGGCUAAGUGCGGGGAAGAGGAUAUUGAUGAGUUCUUCAUUUUAUCCACUCGACCCCACUGACAAGCCCUUCUCUUCCCAUGAUCUAGGAGCAACGCAAUUUCCAGCAGCUUCAACCAAGAAUGCAAUAGUUGCAAAGAAGUCCAUGAAUUCCGGCCCCGGUUUUUCAUGUACCCGACACUCACAAUCUAUAAAGGCUCUUGAAGAGCAUUUGGAUACUUCUUCUGCUCCUUCAAAUGCAGACAUCUGGCAUCAAAGGUCUGAUAUCCUAGAAAAGGGCGAAAGUUCCAACCUCGAAUCCUCACUAGAAGCCCUCAUUUUGUUGCAGAAGUCCAUGUUGGAGAAACAAUGGAGCCUUUCUUUUGAACAGGCAGGAUUGGUGGAUGCACCUGUGGGGGGCCACAAGAAGAUAGAAGUAACUCGGUCAGGGACAUCUGCACGGCAACGGAGAACAAAACCAAAUACAAGGAAAUCUCUUAAUCGAAAUGCUUCUAUGACAUCUUCGAGUAAAAGAAAACGUCUCGGUCCUGAACUACAGAGUCACUCGACAGGUUAUGUGAAGGGUACGGUGAGUGAAGACUUACUCAGCCAUGCUGAAGUUAUUCGCCUGUCGAAGAAAAUCAAAGCUGGACUUUCUUUGGAGGAGCACAAGUUGAAAUUGAAGGAAAGGUUAGGGUGUGAUCCAUCUGACAAACAGCUUGCAUCUUCACUAAGGAUAUCCUGCAGUGAAUUACGCUUACAAAUGAUUGAAUGUUCUUUGGCAAGAGAGACACUGGCAAUGAGUAAUGUUCGUCUAGUGAUGUCUGUUGCUCAAAAAUAUGAUAACAUGGGGACUGAAAUCGCUGACCUUAUUCAGGGUGGUUUGAUUUCAUUACUGCGAGGUAUAGAGAAAUUUGAUUCUUCAAAGGGUUUCAAAAUAUCAACCUAUGUAUAUUGGUGGAUACGGCAGGGUGUUUCAAGAGCAUUGGUUGAGAAUUCAAGAACACUAAGAUUACCAACACAUUUGCAUGAAAGAUUAAUCUUGAUUCGGAAUGCUAAGACUAGAUUGGAAGAAAUGGGAAUAACACCAUCCAUAGAGAGAAUAUCAGAAAGCCUGAAUAUGUCAAGAAAGAAAGUUAGGAAUGCUACAGAGGCAAUGAAUAAGGUAUACUCUCUAGAUAGGGAAGCCUUCCCCACACUAAAUGGCCAUCCUGGAGAAACUCUUCGCAGUUUCAUUGCAGAUGACAUCCUUGAGAACAACCCGUGGCAUAAAAUAGAUGCGUGGUCACUCAAGGAGGAAGUAAACAAGAUAAUUAAUACAACACUUGGCGAUCGGGAGAGAGAGAUAAUACGCCUUUACUAUGGUCUUGAUAAAGAAUGCCAUACAUGGGAGGACAUUGGUAAACUGAUUGGUUUAUCAAGAGAACGAGUUAGGCAAGUUGGGCUUGCUGCAUUGGAGAAAUUAAAGAAUGAGGCAAGCAAACGAAGGCUGGAAGCAAUGCUGGUGAAACUUUGAUUUUGGUAAUAUGCAGACAUUGCUUAAUGAAUGAAUAUAUGAGAAAAAUAAAGGUGGUAGCAAUUUAUUUAACAUUGGGAAUAAUACAGAGCAAAAUGUAUGUUUUGAGACCAGGAUUUGAACUCAAGGCUUUCUGUAAUUGGAUUUUGAACCCUGAUUAAGCGACUGUAAUAUGAAAAUUUUGCGUAAUAUA